AUGGCCUUCCCUAAUUCCCUUUUCCUUCUCAUCCUCUUUUCUUUACUCUCCCUCCUUCCCUCAACACAAUCUCGGCUUUCCGUUGAUUAUUAUAACAAAACAUGCCCUCAGUAUCAUAACAUAAUGCAAAGAAUCAUCGCUGACAAGCAAAUCAGUGCCCCCACAACCGCCGCUGCUAUCCUUCGUGUCUUUUUCCACGAUUGUAUUGUUAAUGGCUGUGACGCUUCCAUUCUCAUUGCCUCCAACGCCUUCAACAAAUCUGAGCUGGACUCAGACUCUAACCUGUCCCUUGCUGGAGAUGCCUUCGACCUGAUCACUCGUGUCAAGACUGCUCUCGAGCUUCAAUGCCCUGGCGUUGUCUCCUGCUCUGACAUUCUCGCCCUUUCAGCUAGAGACCUUGUUAUCAUGGUAGGGGGUCCUUUCUAUGAAGUCCUUAUGGGAAGAAAAGACAGUAAGGUAUCUGAUCCCUCUAUAGCUGAAAGUAACCUUCCUAAACCUACAAUGCCAAUGAGUAAGCUGCUAUCUCUCUUCUCUACCAAAGGGUUUUCAGCGGAAGAAAUGGUUGCUCUUGUUGGUGCACAUACCAUUGGUUUCUCCCAUUGUAAAGAGUUUGCCAAUCGAAUAUUCAACUUCAGCAAGACUUCCGAGUAUGACCCUGCUUACAACCCUGCAUUUGCACAAGGUUUAAGGAAACUCUGCGCUAAUUAUACCAAAGAUCCAGAAAUGUCAGCCUUUAAUGAUGUGUUCACGCCAGGAAAGUUUGAUAACAUGUAUUACAAGAAUUUGCAAAGAGGAUUGGGGUUGUUAUUAUCUGAUCAGGCAAUGCUCAUGGACAACAAGACCAGGCCAUUUGUGGACCUGUUUGCUGCAAACCAGACGGCAUUUUUUUAUUCGUUUGCUCGUUCAAUGGAGAAGCUGAGCGUUUAUAAAACCAAGACGGAUAAGGAUGGGGAAGUAAGACGCAGAUGCGAUCAGAUUAACACUCUUCAGAUUUGAUGAAAAAAAGAAAAGAAAUAUUUUUUUGUUGUUUUUAUGUUCCCCGGUUUAUAUGGUUGACAAGUGACUAUUGAAUUUUAAUUCUAGAAUGUUGUAAGAUAUUGUUGAGCAUUUUCAAGUAAUUUGUAAUUUUUUUUUUAUUGAACAAUCCGUAACAUGUGCUUUUAAUGUCAAUCAUCCAAUUAGAACAAACAAAACUCUCGGACUUUGACAACUGAAAAUCAACCUUUCUAAAAUCCCAGGGUUUACACCAAGAUUAUGCCAGAUACCACAACAAUUACUCAAAAUGCAAGCUCUCAUCGUUUCUGUUAACAGUUUCAAUUCUCCUA